AUGGCCCUCUCCCCCUCUGGGACCCUGACUCCAGACAGCCUGGGCUCUGACCCGGACCCAGACAGACUCCUGGACGGGGCGCAGUGGCAGCAGCCCUUCCUGGACCUGGAGGCUGAGCACAGCAUGGAUGUCAUCCUGGUGGGCUCCAGCGGGCAGUCAUCCUCCUCUUCAGUCCAGCUGGGCAGAGAUCUCAUGGCCUAUGAAGUCACUGUGAACCAGCGAAACAUAGAAGACAUCUGCCUCUGCUGUGGAAGCUUCCAGGUGCACACGCAGCACCCCCUGUUUGAGGGGGGAAUCUGUGCCCCGUGCAAGGACAGGUUCCUGGAGGCCCUGUUCCAGUACGACGAGGACGGCUACCAGUCCUCCUGCUCCAUCUGCGGCUCGGGGGAGACGCUGCUCGUCUGCGAGAACCCGGACUGCACACGGUGCUACUGUCUGGAGUGUGUGGACACCCUGGUGGGCCCGGGGACYGCGGGCAGAAUCCACGCCAUGAGCAGCUGGGUGUGCUUCCUGUGCCUGCCCUUCUCGCGCAGUGGGCUGCUGCAGCGCAGGAGGAAGUGGCGCGCGCGGCUGAAGGCCUUCCAGGAUCGCGAGGUGGCGAGUCCCCAGGAGAUCUAUAAAACCCUGCCAGCCUGGAAAAGGGAGCCAGUGCGGGUGCUGUCCCUCUUUGGGGACAUCRGGAAAGAGCUAACCAGUCUGGGGUUUCUGGAACCCGGCUCCGAGGCGGGAAGACUGAGGCACCUGGAGGACGUCACCGACAUUGUGCGCAGAGAUGUGGAGGAAUGGGGCCCCUUCGACCUCGUGUACGGCUCGACGCCCACCCUGGGCCACGCCUGUGACCACUCUCCUGGGUGGUACCUGUUCCAGUUCCACCGCCUCCUGCAGUACGCGCGGCCGCGGCCCGGCAGCCCCCAGGCCUUCUUCUGGAUGUUUGUGGACAACCUGCUGCUGACCGGGGAAGAGCAGGCCAUAGCCGCUCGCUUCCUGGAGACAGAGCCCGUGAUCCUCCAGGACGUCCGCGGGAGCGCCCUGCAGAAUGCCGUGCGCGUGUGGACCAACAUCCCCGCUGUGAAGAGCAGGCACUCGGCCCUGGCUUCAGAAGAGGAGCUCCUGCUGCUGGCUCAAGAUGGACAGCGAGGGACGCUGCCCGCCCAGGGCCCAUCUGCGCUCGUGAAGAACUGCUUUCUUCCCCUACGAGAAUAUUUCAAGUAUUUCUCUCAGAACGCACUUCCUCUUUAUAAAUGA